AUAAGGUUUCAUUUUCGUUCGUUAGUUAUAGAUAUUAUAACUACAAUCAUAAUGUUAUAACUAUGCAAAAUGAAUUGGAUAUUUAGAACAAUAAUUUUCGCCGCCCUCUCUAGCGGUAUCUACGGCUUGGAAUGCUACACGUGCGCGUCUGAGACGACGGCGGACAGCUGCACGCAACAGACAACAUGUGCUUACGGCGAGGUGUGCAUGCUUCAAAUUCAGUCAUCAAGGAGAAGAAACCCUGUGUUCGAGACGAAAUGUGCUUCUUUAAUCACAUGCAUCGAUGCAAUGAAAUCUUUCGGCCUAUCCGGUUCCGGGACGACAGGACAUAUGGUGGGAAAGAGAACUUCAUAUUAUAUAGGUGGCCAUUGCUUGCUGCAAUGUUGUGGGGAGGACUUAUGCAACAAUGGAUGUAACAUGACAGAUCAAGCAGUGCCCAGACCACCAACGACGGUCUUAACGACGCCUACAACUACAACAACAACAACAACUACUCCAACAACAACUCCAACAACUACACCAACAACUACACCAACAACAACUUCUACUACCACUACGCCGCCAACAACCACUCCGACGACUACAACGCCAACUACGACAACACCAAGUUGUGAGCAUGGCCUAGACUACUUCCGGGGCUCGUGUUACUCCUUUGUUGACAGAGAAAUGGACUUCGAUACUGCCAAGACAUACUGUGAGAGACAAAACGCGUACAUGGUUCGUGUGGAGACCAAGGAGGAAAACGACUUCCUUGCAAAUAAAAUAAGAGAACUUCGAAGAGGCUAUCUGAUGUUUUGGCUUGGUAUCGACGACAAGCUGAAUGAAGGGGUGUGGCAAUAUGUAGGGACUAACAUGACGGCUUCUUUCACAAACUGGGCUCCCAAUGAGCCCAACGGACAACAUACCCUGGAUGGGGAUGAUUUUACAGCGGACUGUGCCAUUAUGUCGCCGUAUGUGAAAUAUCAAUGGAUGGAUGAAGGCUGCUCCCCCUAUGAAAUGGCCGAGCCCAUUUGUGAAAAGAGGCAUUGAAUUGUACACGGUGGAUUCAUUAUGUAUUCGGUGCAUGAAAUUAUUUGAUAAAGAGCAAAUAAAUAUGUCUAAAUAUUCUGAAAA